UUUUCAGGUCUUUAGUCGAUAAGUUAGACACAUGGAGGUUUUGUGACAGCGCUGUCAGUGGAAUCAAGCGAAACUUGAGUGAGGAGCUGUCACAUUUAAAAUACUUUAACCGUUGCACGUUACACUGGAUAAACAAUUCAGUUUUUACUAAUUCAGACACCUCAAUCGUAAUUUGAAUCAACAUGAACUCUAUAGACUUGGCAAAAACAAUAGAUCCACGAUUCUGGAAGAGUAACCGGUUGGCGAGCUUUGAGAAUUGGCCAUUUCAAUCCGACUGCUCUUGCACCCCUGAAAAGAUGGCUGCAGCGGGAUUCAUCUUAAUUGGGGAAAGAGAGAUAGAACCUGAUCUAGUGGAAUGUUUCAUCUGCGGCAAGCAGCUUGACGACUGGGACUCUGAUGACGAUCCAUGGAGUGAGCAUAAGAAGCACAUGCCAUCUUGCGCUUUUGUGGAACUAGGAAAAAGGGAUGAAGUUGAAUGGACCGUUGCCGAAUUAUUCACCCUCCACAAGGAGUUUGUUAAAAGAUCACUGGUAAAAAAAAAAGUACGAGCUUGCAGUUUCCAAACUGAAGGCUGAAGCUGCUGAAUUGUCUGAUCAGAUAAGCAAAUCUCAAAAGACAGUUCGAAAGCUUCGCAGAGCAAAAUCUAAACGGUCUGAUGCCUAGAUCUGGAACGCGAUAAAUUAUUGCCAUCAUCAAUGAUCGGUCGACUGAUUAAUUGUUACUCAUUUUAUUCUAUUUUGUAAAGGCCUAGCUAGUUUUUGAACUCUUAUUAGUGAGGACGUGUACCGUUCAGUUUUAAAAGUAUCAGAAUAUAAAAUAAUUAAAUUUGAAGACUUUUAUACAGCCGAAACGAUUCCUAUUGCAUCAAAAAUGGGUAGAAUAAAGAAGACCUUUCUAAUUUGUACGUAUGAUUAGUGCCAUGAAGUAUUCGAAUAUAUCGGAUUUAUCCAUGUUACUUGGAAUAAAUGUUCCUGAAAUCUCAAUAAUAUUUUAUUACCUGCCAUGGAUUCUAUACAUUUUAAAGUUUUUACUGGAUUGAAUUUUAUUCCAAACAGUAGCUAACAUACGCCGAAUGUCAAACUUUCUAAUAAAUCAAGCUAUUGUAUCGAAUAAAUGUGCACGAAUGUUGCAUUUCUAAAUUCCA